AUGGGCUGCUCUGGAGGUUCUGGGGGCUGCGCGUCCGGCUGUGGGGGCUGCGGUGGAGGCUGCGGAUCUGGGUGCUGCGUGCCCGUGUGCUGCACGACCUGCUGUGUGCCAGCGUGCUGCAGCUCUGGUUGCGGCGAAGGAGGCUGUGGUUCGUGCGGAGGCUGCGGAUCCUGUGGAGGCACUAAAGGAGGCUGUGGUUCAUGCGGAGGCACUAAAGGAGGCUGUGGAUCUUGUGGAGGCAGCAAAGGAGGCUGGGGAUCCUGUGGCGGCAGUAAAGGAGGCUGUGGUUCUUGUGGAGGCAGCAAAGGAGGCUGUGGAUCCUGUGGUGGCAGUAAAGGAGGCUGUGGUUCAUGCGGAGGCACUAAAGGAGGCUGUGGAUCCUGUGGAGGCUCCAAAGGAGGCUGUGAUUCAUGUGGAGGCUGUAGUUCCUGCUGCCAGUCCUGCUGCUGUGUGCCCUGCUGUGCUCAGAACAGCUGCUGCGUGCCCUUCUGUGCACCCCCCUGCUGCCCAACCAGCUGCUGUGUGCCCUGCUGCUGCCAGUCUGACUGCUGUGCGCCCUGCUGUAAGCCAUCCUGCUGCCAGGCCAGCUGCUGUAAGCCCCCUUGCUGUGCUCAGUCUAGCUGCUGUAAGUCCCCCUGCUGCCAGUCUGACUGCUGUGUUCCUUGCUGUAAGCCCCUCUGCUGUGCCAAGGCCAGCUGCGGUCCCCCCAUCUGCUGCCAGUGUAAGAUCUAA